AUGCAUAACUUAAGCUUUGCAAGCGAAGUGGACACUUACAUUGACAAUGGUUUUACAUCCUCUGGGAAUUCUACAAGUCGCUAUUCUCCAGCCACCAUCAUAGGGCUCGCGGGGCUGGUGAGCUUCCUCAUCUUGUUUACAAUAGUGGGGAAUGUGCUGGUCGUUAUCGCCGUUUUAACGAGCAGCGCGCUCAAGCCACCACAAAACCUUUUUCUUGUGUCUCUGGCCAGUGCGGACAUUCUGGUGGCCACCCUGAUAAUCCCUUUCUCUCUGGCCAAUGAAUUAAUGGGCUACUGGUUUUUUGGGAAAGUUUGGUGUGAUAUAUAUCUAGCACUAGAUGUUCUUUUCUGCACAUCAUCUAUUGUUCACCUGUGUGCCAUAAGUCUGGACAGGUAUUGGUCUGUAACACAGGCGGUCGAGUAUAAUUUAAAGCGGACACCUCGCAGGGUAAAGGGCAUGAUUGUGGUGGUAUGGUUGAUCGCGGCUGUAAUCUCCUUCCCACCGCUCAUCUCCAUGGACCGGAAUAACGAGGGUGACAGGAGCGAACCACAAUGCCAGCUGAAUGACCACACGUGGUACAUCCUGUACUCCAGCAUCGGUUCAUUCUUUGCCCCGUGUGUCAUUAUGAUCCUUGUUUACAUCCGAAUCUACCAGGUGGCUAAGACAAGAACCCGAAAUAUGUCUGAAAAGCGCCACAAUCCAGAUGGAGGAUCAGGAACACCACGCCUGGAGAAUGGCUUGAGCCGUGAGGAUUCCAGGCGGGAAAAUGGGCACUGUGCCUCGCCACCACCAGGGGAAUGCAAACCAGGCGAGGAUGACCCAGAUGCCGAACUGGAGGACAGUAGCUCGUCUGAUGAGAAGGCCAAACGGACACAAAACGAGACGGUGCCCUCACGAAAAGACCGCCGAUCCAGCCGCAAGAACAGCUCCAGUUCCAAGCAUUCCAGCCGAAAGUCCCGAGCCAGCAACAAGUCCCUAGACUUGUUUUCCUCCCGCAGAAAAAGGAGGAACACCAUUUCGAGAAAAAAAAUUUCCCAGGCACGAGAGAAGCGGUUCACCUUUGUGCUGGCAGUGGUCAUGGGGGUGUUCGUGGUCUGCUGGUUUCCAUUCUUCUUCAGCUACAGCCUGUAUGGGAUCUGCCGGGAGCCCUGCGCCAUCCACGAGACCCUUUUCAAGUUUUUCUUCUGGAUUGGUUACUGCAACAGCUCCCUCAACCCUGUCAUCUACACAAUCUUCAACCAGGACUUCCGGCGAGCUUUUCAGAAGAUCCUGUGCAAGUCCUGGAAGAGAUCUUUUUAG